AUGACUCCGGAAGAAGCAUGGAGCGGGCAACGACCAGCCGUAGAUCACUUCAGAAUCUUUGGGUGCAUUGCAUAUGCCCAUAUUCCUGAUCAAAAGAGAAAGAAGCUAGACGACAAGGGAGAAAAAUGUAUUUUUCUCGGUGUUAGUGAUCAAUCAAAAGCUUACAAGCUUUAUAAUCCUAACACUAAGAAAAUAUUAGUUAGCCGAGAUGUCGUCUUUGAUGAAAAUCAAUUUUGGUUGUGGAACAAAAAUGCCAUGGGAGAACAAAUUCCAAUAUGCCUUGAUGGAGAAAAUGGUGAAGAAGCAAUUCAGCCUCAACAGCAAGUUCCAGCAGUAGUAGUCCCUGAAAAUGCUCAAGAUAGCAAUCUUGGAAGUUCUGAAACAUCACAUGUUAUGGAUGAGCAGAGAGAAACUAUAGCUGAUUCACGUAUGAUUCACGUGCCCCUCGUGCUCAAAGAAGGCCAGCGUGGAUGA